UAAGAUACUAUUGUGUAGUAUUUAUCUCUGUAAAUAUAUUGGGUAUGGAUUAUAACUUAAACUGUAUCAGAACUACACAAGUCUAAAUUUAUAAGAAUCUGAGAACCAAACGGGAAAAAUGGAGUUGUUGGAAUUUGUCCAGAUUGUCACUGGGGCUGUGACUGCAACUUCAAUACUUGCUCUUUAUGCUUUUUAUUUUAUCGGACUGAAUAAAAUUAUCCAUACAAAACAAGCUCCUAUUCAAAAAUCAAAGAAAGCCAUCGAAGGCCACUCAACUGAGAAGAAAAUUAAAGGUUCAAUUUCAGAGCAAACUCGUAAGAAGCACCAAGUAAUAGAAAGAGAAGCCAGAAUUCAAUCAAGACAGAAUACAGAUAUAUCACCAACAGGAAAUAACAGUAAUUCAGACAGAGCUAUUUGUUCGAAGUUGAAAAAAACAGGCGAUGAUUCGAAUGAGAUUUCUACAACGGUCAAAACAAAAGACACCGUUCCAUUGCAUUUAUGCAAUAUAACCUGGGAAUUGAAGAAUGGCUACUAUUAUUUUGUGUUGGAAGAAUGUGGAGGAAUACUUGAUCUUCCAUUUUGUAAUAUCCUCUUCCCAUUUGGAGUAACUUUGAACAAAAUAGAACUUUGUUUCAAGUCUGUAGUAUCCAAAAAAAGAAAGCAUGGAAAAUAUAAAACACUCAUCACACCAAUAAUCCAUUGUUCAAGCUCUAACAAUUCAGAUGUUGUCAAUUUUCUUUGUCCAAUUGAAAUUAAAGUAAAAAUGCUUUGUUAUCCACCAUCUAACCAAGUCCAGAAAGUUGAGCUCCAAACAACUCAUGACUCAAUCGAUCUGAAGUGGUCCACAGUUGAUAAAUUGAAAGUAUCUCAGAAACAAGAUUACAUUUCCUUCAAGCUGAAGAAAUUUGCUGGAUUCAGAGUAAUUUGUCGUAAUGCGCCAAGCUUUAUUCCUGCAUAUGAUUUGUUCCAUACUGUUUAUGUCAAGCGGCCAAUAGGUCUAAAUGAUCCGAUCGAGCAAAACUUCUUCGUACUACUACACUCCAGUCAUCGUGAUGUUCGUAAAGAAGCAAAUGCCAGUCUUGAUUCAAGUGCUAUUGAAAUUGUAGUGGGCAAGCAAAUCUUGCCUAUCAGGCCACCUUGUACUUUUUCUGCAAAACUUCAGUGCGAAGGAAUGAAUUCAAUGUCACCAGUUAUUGAACACAAGAUCGGAAGUAGCAGAGAAAAAGUACUUGUACAUCUCCCUAUUUCUAUCAAAAAGGAAAGCAUUGAGUCAAUCCCUCCUCAUCAUUACAAGAACUUGCAUUAUUCUGUAUGGUCUGAGCAUCAGAAUUCACCAAUAUGUUAUCGAUUCCAGUGGUCUUUGCCCGCGCCUGACAAUUUGUAUGACCCUUAUGUCAAACCAAGCACUACCAUCAAUGCAAAUGGUGAAAGAUCAAUAGGCCAGCAAAUGAACUAUUGUAAUUCAUGUCCAAACUGUUCUUUAAAAUCCAAUUUUUUUGAUAAUAUGUUUCCUGAUCUCCCACAUACCCGAUCUGAGGAAAAUAUCAAAAGAAGAGAGCCCCUAACUUCUGACAAUGCUGGCACCAACACUUUAAGCAAUAGUACUAGCCCUUUGCAACCGUUCCCCCAACUUGACAUGCAAUUGCCUUCAACCAGUACUCCUCGUCCCAAUUUCCUAGCAUUGGAGCAUAUCAAUCAGUUUCUUAAUAAACCUUUGUUGGAUUCCUCAGAUAUGGAUUCUGGCUUAAGUUUUACUGCUUCCACACCUGUUGAUGACUUGUCGGACGUGUUAUAGCCAAAUAUAGCUAGUGAAACUGAAGGAUGAUAUUUCUUGAAGCUAAAUCUUGUGUUUAUUUCUUGAAGCUCAGAAGUCAGUAUUUUAAAGAUUCAAAUUUUUCAGAACUGGAGUAGGAGUCAAAAUUUAUAUGCCUGGACUAGAGGUCAUUUUCUAUAAUAAACUAUUUUAAAAACUUUUCUCUACCUUUAGGCAAAAUUGAAUGAAUUAAAAAACAAAUAUUUUCAUUAAGCAACCCUUAAUUCAUAUUCAUCAAUCAAAUAUGGAAAUAUGAAUAAGUUUCAAAAAUUAAAAACUUUUUUUGAUGUUCACACAUCACACAUUUUGAAAAUAUGUAUGGUCUUAUGACCUAACCUAAAAAAUAUAAUACUGGGUUACUUUCAUUGUGUCACAGAUUUGAGAUUUUAGUUUGAGUCACAUUACAACAAAAAGCUCACUCUCUUGACUAAAUUAUAGGUAGAUGGUGACAAAAUUACCAGAAUUCUAUCUUUUUUAUUUGCACAAUCUUCUGUAAAAAUAUUUGCAUGAAAUGUCAUGAUGACAAAUGACAAUACUCCAAUUCAUUCCAAAUAUGUUUUAUCGAUUUUUUUUUGACAUUUUAGAAUUAAACUUAAAUUGAAUCAAGUGACUUUUAUAUUUGAAGUAGAAAAGCGACCUUUUUGUCCCGCUUAUUCAUUUAAAAAUUGUGAUUUUUUUUCUGAGCUGACUAAAGUGUAUAUCCUAUUUAAUGUUACAUAUAAAAUUUUAGUAUUUAGUUAAAAUUGAUGCUAAUCGAUCGCUUUGUAUCUGAAUGCUUAUUAAGUUGAAACAAACUAUGUUGCUACUGUCUAAUAUCUUGAGCUCAACUCUGGCUUCUCAUUACGGAAUAAUAAAAUUUUCUUCUCUGAAUUGUGUCACAACUCCGAAAAAGCACAAUUUGACCAAAAAAUAAUUGGAAUGCUUUGUCAAUCCUUUCAAUGCUUUUUCAGAUUGGAAACUGGUUCGAUUACCAGUACUUCCGUAUUAUGUGUACCAGAUUAAGCCAUGAUUUUAUUCCGAUUUUACUUAUUUUAGUUCUAUUACUAGUUCAGGGACUGUCUGUGUUAGCCGAGUAAAUAUACCCACUGCCCAUAGAUUUCAGUUCCUUUGCAUAACUUGACAUAAGGUAGGCAAGCAAAAUUAGUUAUCUCCAUAUUGGUACACACACUUCUGGAGAGCCUGAUUACCAACUAUUGCAAAUUUGUAAUUCUGGUUUGGGAAAUAUAAUUCUGGCUUGGACUUCGUCUUCAGAGAGCACAAGAAUAUGUCUUCAAUAUCAAUAAAAUUAUUUCUAAGUUUUGGCUCCACGCUCUAUCAUUAUAUCACGCAUAUGCAAUAUUUAGUUUAUUAUUUUGAUAAACUUACAUAAUAAUUUUAUUGGGUGCUCUCAAUAUUAAUACUCAACAUUUAAGAUUCUUGAAUCUUGACAUAUUUUUUAAUAAUUUUGAAAAUUGGAGCAUGAAAGUACUAAUUUUUUGCUAUUACUUUUCAUUUGUAUAUCAAUGGGAAUUAUCCUCCAUGCAAACAUUAUUUUACCUUCACAAAUGGUAAGGAAAAAAACAAUAAUUUUUCAGAAUGUUUGAAAUGUAAUUUUUGCAUUUACUUAGCAUUCCGAUUGUAAAUUUAUCAGAAUAGUGUCUUUAUAAAAAAUUAAAAUAAUAUACCCAAAGUCAAAGUUUUUCAUUCUUACUGGUUUUUCAAUUUCCAUAACAUGAAUAAGCCAGGCGACAAUAAUAUGCUAUCCAAUUAAAUGCUUUUAUGUCUGUAACAAAAGGAAAAUGUUCCAAUUGUUUUUCAUAAGGAAUGUAAAUGCGGCCCUAAAUAAUACAUUUUCCGACAUCAGGUGUUAUUUUAAAUACAAAAUACUAAAUUUUGUAAAGCAUUAUGGAAAUAAAAACUGAACCUAAGAAUUAAAUUUUCCCAUUUUUCAUGCUGAUACUUUUAAUCAUAGCAUAUUUGGCUGUAAAUUUGGACCAUGUCUCUUUCCAUUUGGGGAUAUGUUGAAUUAAGUUGAAUUAUAUUUUAAUGGGAGGGGUGAUUGUCAUUGUUUAUGCAUUUUAUUUUAUGUUUUGCAAUCUGUUUAUUUGUUUCAUAUAAAGUUAUGCAAUGGUUUUCUCUUUGAACAAGACUCUGUAACUGCAUCCACGGCUCUAUACUGCUUUUUGCUGUAUUAUUAUUUUUUGAUAACAGCUAUGUACUACACUUCUCAAAAUAGUUCAUGAUAAAAGUGGUGAGCAUAAGAAGUACAUUUAUUUAUUCCAGUAAUAAAUUUGAGUCUUUCCCCCACUAGGUAAAUAUUGGAAAGUGAUAUUGAUAAAAAAUUAUUUUUUGUUUAUCAUUAAAUGAAAAAAUAAAUAUUGAUAAUGUAUUUGCUGAUUAUGUCAGACUAGUAGUUAGAAAGAAGCCUAAGGAUUAAGGAAGGGUUUGUUGCAUGGGUGUAUUAGGCACGGGUGACACUGCUCAAUAACAAAAUUUGGU